AUGCGCGUGUCGUGCGUCUUCCAGGCCCUCGCGGCCGUCGCGCUCGUCUCGGCCGUCGCGCUGCCCGACCCGCGCCCCGCCGACAACGACGCCCUGAACGUCUCGAGCGAUCUCAAGGCCGCCACCGAGCCUGAGGAUGCCGACGCCGUGGCGAAGGCCAAUGGGCUCCUGAAGCCCAUCGAGGACGACAUCAACAUCUACAUAUACGACAGGAAGGGCAGAAGGAUUUCAAGGUACGGGAAGGACAAGAAGGUCCUAGAGUCCGAGGCGUAUGAGGAGGAGGAGGAGGAGGAGGAGGAGGAGGAGGAGGACGACUACGAGAGGGACUGGAAGGAGGAGAAGAAGAAGAAGAAGAAGGCGGCCGAGAAGGAGAAGAAGAAGAAGGCGGCCGAGAAGGAGAAGAAGAAGAAGGCGGCCGAGAAGGAGAAGAAGAAGAAGGAGGCCGAAAAGGCCGAAAAGAAGAAGGAGGCCGAAAAGGCCGAAAAGAAGAAGGAGGCCGAAAAGGCCGAAAAGAAGAAGGAGGCCGAGAGGGAGAAGACCCCGAAGGAAAAGGAGGAAGCCGAGAGGGAGAUGAACAGGAAGAAGGCCGAGUGGGCCGCGUCGGACAAGAAGAAGGCGGCGGACGCUAAGAAGAAGCUGGAGAAGCAGAAGGCGAAAGAAGAGAAGCCCUUGAGGGACAAGAAAUAUCAGGAUGAGAUGCCCCCGAGAAAAAAGGCGAUCCAGGAGGCCCUCAAGAAGGCGGGCAUGACAAAGCCGUUCAAACACCCCAGGGCAGAGUGCAUAAAGAAGAGCGACAGAUCCGAGAGCCCGCAGUGGCUGUGUGCGGGGGACGAGGAUGUCAAGGUCAAGCCCGGCACUCUGGCGUGA